AUGGCACAGAACUCUUUUCCGGGGACUAACCCCUUCCUCGACACUAGCGCCAGAGAGAAAUCACCCAACAUUCAGAAAAUCUCGGAGGAGGAUGAAUUUGAGGUGACGUCACCAACCGACGUGACAUUCAAACAGGCCAACAGCGGUGGCUCGGCCAUUUUUGGAGGAAGUGCAUUUGCAGAGGGCGGUUCAGCAACCGGAGCGAACCCCGGGGCUUCAUUGUUCGGCCGGAGUCCCUUUGACUCGGGGCCUCGAGGCGGGGCUGAUGGCCCCGACGACGAGCAGCCCGCCGCUCUCCCGACAGGAACGGUACAGCAUGGGUUCCCCAACAACUAUGCGCUGGGUCGUCGAACUUCGGUGUCGGCAGAGUCAUUGAACCCCACGUCCGCGGGAUCGGAUAGUUGGACACCUCCGCACCACCCCAAGACCGAGGAUCAGCUGGCCCGCCUCAAGACUGCGGUCAGCAACAACUUCUUGUUCUCUCACCUGGAUGACGACCAGUUCAAGACCGUUUUGGAUGCUCUGGUCGAGAAACCUAUCCCGGCGAAAGAUAUCAAGGUGAUCUCCCAGGGUGAUGCGGGUGAUUACUUCUAUAUUGUCGAGAAGGGCCACUUUGACAUUUACAUUCACCCUUCGGGCUCCGUGCAGCCAGGGCCUGAUGGCCUGGGUAACAAGGUGGCUUCCACCGGACCCGGGGGUUCCUUUGGUGAAUUGGCCCUUAUGUACAACGCCCCGCGUGCCGCGACGGUGAUUUCUACCGACGCCAAGAGCACCCUCUGGGCUCUGGACCGGAUCACCUUCCGACGCAUUCUCAUGGACUCGGCUUUCCAGCGGCGCCGUAUGUACGAAGCGUUCUUGGAGGAGGUUCCCCUUCUUUCCUCGCUCAAGCCCUACGAGCGUUCCAAGAUUGCCGACGCUCUUGAGCCCAUCAAGUACCCGGCCGAGUCUACCAUCAUUACUGAAGGUGAUCCUGGCGAUGCUUUCUACCUCCUGGAAUCCGGUGAAGUCGAAGCUUUCAAGAAUGGUGUCUCGGUGAAGAAUUACUCCCGCGGUGAUUACUUUGGUGAAUUGGCCCUGCUCGAUGAUAAGCCUCGGGCGGCCAGCAUCAUCUCCAAAACUGAUGUCAAGGUUGCACGGUUGGGCCGGGAUGGGUUCAAGCGACUGUUGGGACCGGUGGAAGAUAUCAUGCGUCGGACAGACUACCAGGUGGACGCAGCCAAGUCCCCCGUGUCUAAAUAA